AAGUAUGGUUCGCUGAUAGGCAAUGACGAAGGGAGAUGAAAGAAUCAAACUCGUGGUGAAUUGGGGUAUACGUUUGGACAUAUUAGUCCAGUUGUUCUGGACUAAACCUAACGUUAGAUCACUGUCGAAACAAUUCCGGUAGACUCCCAUGAUCGAGCGCCGCGUCGGCACAAUCCUCGGUAUGACCGGCACCACGCUGGCGGCCGCAACAUCUGGCAUCAUGCCCGAUCCACCAGCACGACGAGCCAUCCCGCGCCGCAUUUCCAGGCACCAAUACAAGGAUUACGUCCCUCUCCAUUUUCUUUGUUGGGUAUGUCUCGUGGAAGCAGAUAUCCCGAGAGGUAUUAAUAAUCAAAAAGUUGGACCAAUCAAGGUCCCCGUGAGGAAUCCUUGGUCCCAACCCCAUAAACAGAAAAACGCUGCGCUGCUGAUAUCGCUCUGGCUUCUCGCAACGGAAAAACAAAACAAACUCGUUCCGGUUCGCAUGCGCGGAAUGCCGAGAUGCCUACAUGCGCGACGGUGUGUUGAGGACGUUGCCUCCCAUGGGGCCGGCGGGUACCGUCCUCGGGGUCUCGAUGCCGUGCCCGAGGUCGUAGCGGUAGGUGGGUGGGUGGCCGACGUCACGGAGCGCCUUCUUCACUCGUUGCCUCAUGGAGCGGCGUUCUUUCGGUGCUGCGGCGACUACUUCGUGGACGAACUCAGGGUCCUUCUCGAAGGAGCAGAGGGUCGAAGUCUCGGAGAAAGUAGAGGGGGCGUACGAAGGUUUGGCCAUGUUGAUGGUUUUGGCGUUGUUGGCUAUGAUAGGGGGCGUUUCCUAGGGUAGCUAUUUUGGCAGUGGUAGUAGCAGCGGUGAUGGUGAUGAGGAUGAUGUCCGAUACGAAACCUGGCGGUGGCUUCUUAUAGGUGCCGAAGCUG